AUGUCCACCAUCAGCGAGCAAAGUCCAGACAGCUGGAUCGGUAUCCAGGACCCAAAGAAGAGAAAGCAGAUCCAAGACCGCCUAGCACAACGAGCACGUCGUCGACGACUUGCCGAAGCCAAACACACCGAAAGCACAUCGGAGGACACCACAGCAGAACGUCUAGACACAGACUGGACCAAAGCCUACGAACCCGCGCGCCGAAAAGCCGAAAACUCCAAAUCCAACUCCGGAACCGAAUGCUGCACCAUGCACCAAGACUCCAUCUCCCUCCUCCCCAUCCCCCUCUCCGUCUACUCCGCGCUAUGGAAAAACGGAGAAUUCAUGAGCCUGAGCUGUAGCACACUAGUCCCACAACUAAGCAAAGCGUUCGGUGCAGAAGUACCAGCAUCACUUCGUCCCACGGAUUUGCAGAGAAGUACGCUGCACCCACCUUGGAUCGAUCGCUUCCCGUUUCCUCAUAUGCGAGAGAAUUUCAUACAUUUGAUUGGUGUGAUUGAUCCGGAGGAGUUUUUACAUGAUGUUUUUAAUACUCCGUGCUUUACGAUUGAGGCGGGAGGAGCACCGUGGGAUCCGAAGGCGUGGAGGAUGGAGGAGAGGUUUAGGGAGAGGUGGGGGUAUUUGUGGGAUGAGGAUUUGUUUUCGUAG